GCAACGUUGUGUGCACGUUGAAUGCGCUGCCUUGAAAUGGCAGGCAAAGAAGAAGACGACAGCAAAAGUAAAAUAAAUAUGGGGGACAUGAAGUCCAACGAACCCUCGCAUAUUACGGCUUCAGUAAAUUUAAGCAUGGAAGGCCCUAACGACGAUUCUUCAUCCAAACAAGAAAAUGAUGCGUGCACUAACGGUAUAGGGAAGGUCGACGAUUUUAAAGUGUGCAGCCCUUCGAAGAUGUGCAAAAUGGAAAGUAAGAACUCAUUGAUCAGUGAGCAUAACCACAUGGGAAAAAGCAUACUGAAACCAUCCCUGCUGAGCUUAAGCUCAGCAGCUUCAAGCGGCUCAGUGAUCAGACAAAGUAGUUUUAACCCAUUCAGCCAACCGACUAAAAAGCCAGAAAUCAGCGAGACCAAACAGAUGAAUGGGGAAAGUUUGAAGUUUGUCCCUUUGUUGAAAAGCAAUUCCCAAAUCUCAACCCGCGUGGAGCCUGCCAGCAGCCAAUCGAACCACAGCCCCAAACCAAGCUCGCCAGCAUUUGUUUUCGGGCAAAACAUCCAGGAAAGAGUUGUCGCAGACGCCACAAGCUUGGAGCCAGUGGCUUCGACCAGCGCAACCGAUUCAAAUGGAAUCACUUCGACCACAAGUGAUAUGCUGUUUAGUACAGCAAUGAAAAGCGAAGCGAAGCCCGACACAUCAAAGGAAAAAGACACCAAGUCGUUGACGGAAUCGGCUCGUGAGUACGAGGAAUCCAGAGCCACUAAACGAAAGUACGAUGAAGUGGAAGUAAAAACCGGCGAAGAAGAAGAAACGAACAUCAUCAGUAUAUCAUGCAAACUGUUUUCAUUUGACAAGGCUUCGAGUAAUUGGCAGGAGCGCGGCAGGGGUACUCUGAGACUUAAUGACUUUGAAAUCAGUGAUGACCAAAUGGGUAGCAGAUUGGUUUUCAGAACGUCCGGAAGCCUGAGAGUAAUAUUAAAUACCAAGAUCUGGGCCGGAAUGACUGUGGAUAAGGCAAGUGAGAAAAGCAUCCGCCUAACGGCGUUAGACUCCAGUGGCGACAUCAGAGUCUUCCUGAUAAUGUCGACUAUAGAAGACUCCAGGCAUUUAUACUCGCACCUACAGAUGCGUCUCCAGAAAGAAAUCUUCUUGCAAAAGCGGAAAAAGCUGCAAUCGACAGACAAUUGUUCGGAACAGCAGUAACACUAUCAUACUCCUUUAAUUUUGUCUCACAACUAUAGAUUGUAGAUACAUGAUAAAGUGGAUUUCAUUUUUUUCAAGCUUAACUUCGUUUAAAACUGUAUAUUUUGUAAUUGGUAGUAAUAAUAUCUUCUGCUUAAUUCUCA